AUGUCCAGCGACCCCCUCUCUACUCGGGAUCCAUAUCAGCUAGAACGGCUUGCAGAGGAAUUGGCCGCUCGAGAAUCAUCCAUUGCACACAAGUCUUCUUGGGAACAAGAGGGCGAGUUACACGAACUGCCUAUCUCUACUCCACUCUCCCACAACAACAAGUAUCUGACAGCACAGGUGUUCAAUGCUGAAGAAUUCUUAUUAUCACGCUCCCAUACUUCGUUACCUGACUUACGCGCGGAAUUACGUGAAUACUUGUCCUUGCUGAAGGAAGAAUUGGUCAUGCUCAUCAAUGACGACUAUGAGGCAUUCAUCAGCUUGAGUACCGACUUGCAGGACGAGGGUGCACGGCUCGUUAGACUCAAAAUGCCUAUCAGUAGCCUCCAACAUCACGUCAAUAUAUCUCGCGAAGAACUCUGCGUCAUUCAAGACGCGAUUCAGCGGAAACUAACGAAGAGAAGUAAUCUUCGCGAGGAAAAGGCUUUGCUUCACUUACUUUUGAAAAUAUCUGAAUCGGUCAGCCGAUUAGAAUCGCUACUCCUCAUCUCGACUUCCGAUGGAAACCGGGUAACACAUCUGGCUCGUGUAGCCGUCGAGUAUACACAACUGCUAUAUCACGCCUCCAAGGCUAGGGAAGAAAAUUGUUCCUUCAUCAAUGAGAUACAAUGGCGCAUUGACCGAAUUCAGUCGACCAUAUCCUCGGAUCUCGAUAACCUCUUCUCUAUGCAGAUGGCAACUUUAAUCGGCGGGAAAGGAGACCACCUCACGGAGUGUCUGCGAACGUACGAUAUUUUGGGUCUUUGGCGGGACGCAGAAGAUGUGAUUCGACGGGACAUCAUGAGAAGCUUCGUAAAAAAGACAAUAUAUUCUGGCGGGUUGGCCGCGCCGCAUUCUCCCCUCGUACCUCACACGCCAUUCAACCCCUCUGCAUUGCAAUCAACAUUAAACACCAAUAAUUACCCUCAGACACCAUACACGCCAUUUACCUUUCUGACACCUGAAUCUCUUGCAACUUGCGACCAAAAGCCGAACAGACACCAAGCACACCUUUUAGAAGGCACUGACCCUUUGGUACACUUAUUCCAAAUCAUGGCAAACGUCAUUUGGCCAGAGCUGGCCCAUGCAAUUAUGGAUGAGAUUGGUGGGACUGUCUUUGCCGCAGGAAGGCCAGAUGACUUCCGCAAAAAUUACGAGAUAACUCAAGCAUUUAUUCGCUCCCUCGAACUUCUCGCACCUUCGAAACGCGCUGUUGAAGCAUUGCGUGCCCAUGCCGUUUAUUUGGCCUUUGAACGACGGUGGCAGCUUCCAGUGUACUUUCAACUCCGAUGGAAAGAGGUCAUAGGAAGACUCGAGGAAUCACUUUCUGUAAGCACGAUUGAAUGGUCUCUGGUUGGAGGCACAAAUAACUUUGUGACAGUCCAAGCAUCAGCAGUAUGGGUGGCGAUUUCUGCUUGUUGGAGUGCGGAAGUUUAUAUUCCUGAGCUCGCCCAUAGGUUUUGGAGAUUGACUUUACAGAUCUUAAGUCGGUAUAAGACAUGGUUGGAUACUUCCGUCGACUUUCCUCAUGAGACUUUGGCAAAUAAUUCGACCACUGCUGACGACGAUCUCUUACGACAAUAUGCGUCAUUAUUGAUUGAUAUCAAAUUGAUGGAAACGCACAUACUAGGACUUUGGCAUCGACAGAUUAGGUCGCUGGCAAAGCUGACCCUCUCAAUAAAACCAGUAUCCAACGAGAUAAUCAGAAUAUUGACGAAGCGCUGUUGCGAUGCUCUUCUGCCCGUCAGAAGCAUUCCAUCGCAAUUCAGGGCCAUGUCGAACAAGCGGACGCCAACAGAGCCAAGUUAUUUUGUGUCAUCUAUUCUUCGCCCAAUCAAGCAAUUCUUCGGAAUCGGGUUUGCUGAAGGCCCAGGAUCGCACCUGACAGAUCACGUUCAAGAUUAUUCCACAGCAGUAUUCAACAAUGUUACUGUGAGGUAUAUAACUUACUUGUCGUCCAUGAAGAAGACCGAGGAGUCGUUGAAGAGGCUCAAAAAAGGGAAAAAGUCAAACUUUUCCCUAUUUGGCACUGCUCCCGCAAACGACGAAGGAAGAGACGAAGAGCGCAUUCGUGCCCAGAUGAUACUAGAUGUUGAAGCCUUUGCAGGGGAUGGCAGCACCUUGGGUGUCGACGUUGAUACAAACCUACACUUGAAAACUCUGAAAGAGAUGGUAGAAACGAAUGAUGGUCAGUAG